CACCAACAUGCAGCCAGUAGGCUUAAAGUGCAUUGGUAACGGAAUGCUAGACAGGCGAAUAGGGCAGAAGGGCUGAGGUGUGGCAUUACGGGUUUAGGGCAGAGAGGCGGAAAGACGGUGGCGCGCUGGAGAAGUGUGGCUGCGGCCGUGGUGGAGGUGCAGGCGGAUGGGCGGUGAAGAGAGGCUCAGAAGAGGUAUAUUUUUGGGAUGGGGGAGCAGGCUGAAGAGUGCAGAGUGCUGUAUAUAAGGGAGAGUUGAUGGAAGGGGAAGAGAUCAUCAUCCAGCAAGCAAGCAACAGAUCUCCAGAUCAAACACCAACAGUGCCAAAGCCUACCACCAGUUCUACAGCAUUAAAGCUUCUAUAUCCGCUACUACUCCAUACUCUCCACCCAACCCAAACCAACCAACAACAAUGAAGUCCUUCGCCAUCGCCGCCCUUCUCGGCCUUACUUCUGCCGCCCCCACCGCCCUUACAAAGCGCUGGCCUAGCGAACCUGCCAUCAUUACGCCCACCUACAUCUCGCACUACAACCUCGGCACCGGCGGACUCGUCUACAACCCGGCCACCGGCGCCGCGCAUUUCGACGCCCUCAGCACCAUCAGCGCCUUCUCCGUGCCCGCGGGCAUCGAGGGCAAGAAGUGCUCGCUGCACUUCUAUCUCGACCCGACUGACAGCACAGCAGCCGUCUCGGGCAGCGGCGGCGUCCAGGUCUUCAGCACGCACCAGGUGCCACCCGCCUACGACGUCGAGAGCUGGGGCCCGCCCGGGAACCAGCGCAACCAGCACUAUGGCAACUUCAAGGUGCACACUGGAUACGCGAAUGUGGAUGACUGGCCGAGGCUGCUGGAGGACUUCAAGUGCCCCGCUGAGGGAGAGUAUGGGUUUGAGGUUGUGGCGAAGUGGGCCACGGGGAUUGAGUGGGAUGCCGGGCUUAGUGGGCUGUAUAUGAAGUAUGAGUAGAUGGGUGGAUGGUGAAGAUAGAGUCGGACAGAGAUAAGGAUGGGAUGAAUGGAUUGGCAUAGACGGAUUCGAUUCUUACGCUCGCUCUCGCUCCUUUCGAGGGCCUUUUGGGAUGGGUUUUAUUGGAAAGGGCCGGCGGGCAAGGGCGCGUUUAGUUCUGGGUGCAUUUAGCAAUGGUUUUUUUACAGCGCCGCUUCUGCUGUUAGCGCGGAUAAUGAAGACUGCUUCUCCGAAC